AUGACAACCACAUUCAACCCCCCUCCAGACUUCAGCAUUUCAACGGAACGCCUCCAUAUAUCCUACCUCCAACCGGGAAACCAAACCCAUAGUGCCUUCCUGCACCACGUGUGGAACACGGAGGACUUCAUCCAAGCUGAAGGCGACACGGGUCUGAACACGCCUGAAAAGGCCGGCGAAUUCAUCGCCAGCAAGGUCCAAAGCGACUACAACCGGAACAAACAUGGCCAAAUGCUGGUAUCGCUCAAACCGUUUCCGGAGGCUUCCCUGGCAGAGAGCAAACCCAUUGGAAUCGUGUCGCUAAUGAAAGGCAAGCCGCCCAACGCAUAUGCCGCGCCCGACGUGGGAUACACCAUUCUCCCAGAGGAGAGCGGCAAGGGGUAUGCGACCGAGGCGGCAAUUGGGUUGAUCAACUAUGCGAGGAGGGAGUUAAAUGUAAAUGGGGUAUUUGGGUUUUGUUCCCGGAAGGAUCAGCGAAGUCGAAGGGUUUUGGAGAAGAUUGGGUUGGAGUUUCGAGGGGAGAGACAUUUGAAGCUCUUUGGGGGAGCACGCAGCGCUGUUUAUGCCUUGCCAGGGAUGGAGCAGGACUUGAAGGUAUAUGGAAUCGAUGAUGAGUGA